AUGGCUGCAUGUUUGUUUCCCGCUAUACUGAAUCUUGCCAGUAAUGCCGUUAUUACCACUAAUGCCACAUGUGGUGAAAUGGGACCAGAAAUGUUUUGUAAACUUGUAGAACAUGUGCCAGGAAGGCCAAUACGCAACCCUCAAUGUAGCAUCUGUGAUGAGAACAGUUCCAAUCCCAAAGAACGGCACCCGAUAACCAAUGCAAUCGAUGGCACUAAUGAUUGGUGGCAAAGUCCCAGUAUUCAGAAUGGCAGAAUAUAUCACUGGGUCACCAUAACACUGGAUUUAAGACAAAUCUUCCAAGUUGCAUACAUAAUAAUUAAAGCAGCAAAUUCCCCACGGCCAGGUAACUGGAUAUUAGAACGUUCUCAGGAUGGUGUUGAGUUCACGCCUUGGCAGUAUUAUGCAAUCAGUGACUACGAGUGCUUGAGUCGAUACAACGUGACACCAAGACUUGGGCCACCAACGUACAGAAGGGAUGAUGAAGUGAUUUGCACGUCAUUUUAUUCAAGACUUGUGCCACUGGAACAUGGAGAGCUUGCCAAUGCCAUCCUGAAAGCUCUGUUUCAGGCAUUUGUCGCCACGAGACUGGCAUAUGUGAAUCAUGGAUUCUACGGUUUGACGUCUGGCAUUGGAUGUCUCCCCUGUGAUUGUAACGAGUCAGGCUCCGUUUCAGAUGCUUGUAAUGAUGCCGGGCAGUGCACCUGCGUACCUGGAGUAGCUGGACUCAAGUGUGAUGUUUGUGCCCAUGGAUUUUAUGCAUACCAGGAUGGCGGCUGCACUCCUUGUGACUGUGCACACACCCAGAAUAACUGUGAUCCUGAGUCUGGAGAGUGCAUCUGCCCUCCUCAUACGCAUGGACCCAAGUGUGAAUUCUGUGACACCAACUACUGGGGUCAUGAUCCAGAACUUGGAUGUCUGGAAUGUAACUGCAGCAAAGAUGGGUCCAACAGCCUCCAGUGUGACCUUUCAACUGGCCAGUGCCAUUGCAGAAAGGAAUUUGGUGGACAGAGCUGCAGCGCCUGCCUGUUUGGAUAUAGGAAAUAUCCCGAGUGCGUUUCUUGUGACUGUGAUCCCGAAGGCACGCAGUCUGCAUGGUGUGAUGAUGAACGGAAGGUGUGCAGCUGCGUGGAAGAGACCGGCGAAUGUGCUUGUAAGGACAAUGUGGUUGGAAGUUAUUGCAACGAGUGUAAGGCUGGCACUUUUGCUCUUCAUGCUGAGAAUCCACUGGGCUGUUCCCUCUGUUUCUGUUCUGGAGUAUCCCAGCUUUGUGCCGAAAUGGAAGGCUAUGUCCGCAUACCUAUUUUGGCCUACGGUGGAAUGCUGUCAUAUGUCAUUACUUAUUAUGCUCUGGGAGAUUCUGGUUCCUCUGAUUUUGAGCCGAAGAUUUUAAUGAAAGGUGGGAGCGCCAGCAAACUGAUUAUAUCUAUGUACACCCCUGCUCCUGGAAACGCGGUGAGAACGGAGAUUCAAGCCAGCAUGACAGAGAAUAACUGGAGGUAUUUUGAUUCUGAACAGACUGUAACAAGAUCAGAUUUCAUGUAUGUUUUAAACAACAUUGAUUACAUUCUAAUCAAAGCAUCUUAUGGAUAUGGAUUACAACAAAGCAGGAUCUCUAAUAUAUCAAUGGAGAUUGCGGUGGAGGCAUCAGACAUGCAUUCUGGCCGAGAAGCUGCUCAUCUCAUUGAGGUCUGCGAGUGCCCCCCUGGUUAUAGAGGACUUUCAUGUCAGGAGUGUGCACCUGGAUACUAUAGAGAGAAGCUCUCAGAAAUCAGUAUCUUAGGAUGUGCAAAUGGUUACUAUGGCAGUCCCUCUGUUCCCGGAGGAUCGUGCGUCCCUUGUGAUUGCAAUGGGAACAUAGACCCUUUUGAGGUUGGCCAUUGUAAUGCAGUGACAGGAGAAUGCCUCAAAUGCACAGACAACACAGCGGGACGGCACUGUGAACGAUGUGCCGAUGGCUUCUAUGGGGAUGCAAUCUUAGCGAAAAACUGCUCUGCUUGCCAAUGCCAUCCUGAAAGCUCUGUUUCAGGCAUUUGUCGCCACGAGACUGGCAUAUGUGAAUGUAAACCAAAUGUGUUUGGAAAAAGAUGCGAUCAGUGCGUGCAUGGAUUCUACGGUUUGACGUCUGGCAUUGGAUGUCUCCCCUGUGAUUGUAACGAGUCAGGCUCCGUUUCAGAUGCUUGUAAUGAUGCCGGGCAGUGCACCUGCGUACCUGGAGUAGCUGGACUCAAGUGUGAUGUUUGUGCCCAUGGAUUUUAUGCAUACCAGGAUGGCGGCUGCACUCCUUGUGACUGUGCACACACCCAGAAUAACUGUGAUCCUGAGUCUGGAGAGUGCAUCUGCCCUCCUCAUACGCAUGGACCCAAGUGUGAAUUCUGUGACACCAACUACUGGGGUCAUGAUCCAGAACUUGGAUGUCUGGAAUGUAACUGCAGCAAAGAUGGGUCCAACAGCCUCCAGUGUGACCUUUCAACUGGCCAGUGCCAUUGCAGAAAGGAAUUUGGUGGACAGAGCUGCAGCGCCUGCCUGUUUGGAUAUAGGAAAUAUCCCGAGUGCGUUUCUUGUGACUGUGAUCCCGAAGGCACGCAGUCUGCAUGGUGUGAUGAUGAACGGAAGGUGUGCAGCUGCGUGGAAGAGACCGGCGAAUGUGCUUGUAAGGACAAUGUGGUUGGAAGUUAUUGCAACGAGUGUAAGGCUGGCACUUUUGCUCUUCAUGCUGAGAAUCCACUGGGCUGUUCCCUCUGUUUCUGUUCUGGAGUAUCCCAGCUUUGUGCCGAAAUGGAAGGCUAUGUCCGCAUACCUGUAAAAUCCUGGUCAAACCCAGAGAAUUCCAAGAUAUGAAUAUAACAUAAAAAUUUAUUGUUGAGCCGUAAAGGUCUAAUGUUUGCGGUUGCAUUAACAGUCAUUCUUUUUAUUUUGUCUGGCAAUGUAAACCAUGUUUUACACUUUUAUCUUCUAUUUAUCUGGCCACAGAUUUUGGCCUACGGUGGAAUGCUGUCAUAUGUCAUUACUUAUUAUGCUCUGGGAGAUUCUGGUUCCUCUGAUUUUGAGCCGAAGAUUUUAAUGAAAGGUGGGAGCGCCAGCAAACUGAUUAUAUCUAUGUACACCCCUGCUCCUGGAAACGCGGUGAGAACGGAGAUUCAAGCCAGCAUGACAGAGAAUAACUGGAGGUAUUUUGAUUCUGAACAGACUGUAACAAGAUCAGAUUUCAUGUAUGUUUUAAACAACAUUGAUUACAUUCUAAUCAAAGCAUCUUAUGGAUAUGGAUUACAACAAAGCAGGAUCUCUAAUAUAUCAAUGGAGAUUGCGGUGGAGGCAUCAGACAUGCAUUCUGGCCGAGAAGCUGCUCAUCUCAUUGAGGUCUGCGAGUGCCCCCCUGGUUAUAGAGGACUUUCAUGUCAGGAGUGUGCACCUGGAUACUAUAGAGAGAAGCUCUCAGAAAUCAGUAUCUUAGGGUUACGUUUCCAAAACCCUCCCUGUGUCCCCUGUCAGUGCAGCAACCACAGCGAGAUCUGUGAUCCAGAUACUGGCAGAUGCAUGGACUGCCAAGAUAAUACAGCUGGUGACCACUGCCAUCUAUGUGCUCCUGGCUACUAUGGGAAAGUAACUGGGUCAAUUGCAGAUUGCUCAUUGUGUGCUUGUCCCAAGGGCAACAGCCAGAGUUUUAGCCCCACAUGCGUCCUAGAAGGUAUUAAUGAUUUCCGUUGUGAUGCCUGUCUACCUGGAUAUGAAGGGCGAUACUGUGAAAGGUGUUCUCUUGGCUACUACGGAAAUCCAAAUGAGCCUGAUGGCUUCUGCCAGAAAUGUGACUGCAACCCAAGCGGCUCAUUGAAUAAUGAAUGUGAUCGGCUAACCGGCCAGUGCAUUUGCAAAACAGGAGUAACUGGCCGUCUUUGUGAUACUUGUGAAUUAAGACACAUUCUUUUGGAAGAAGAAUGUAUAUCUUGUGAUGAUGAUUGCACUGGAACCUUACUUGAUGAUUUGGAUAGUUUGCACCAGGCCAUCUUCUCUUUUAAUAUGACCGGUAUUGGUAGACCACCUCAUCAAACUCUAUUCAACUUGGAAAAUGUGACAAAGCACUUUAAGGAGUCUGUGCCAAUAAGAGUCAGCCCAAUAAUAUCCCUGGACAAGACAAUGGAGCAGCUCAGUUCUUUGUCUAAAGACACCCUCCAACUUGAGCAGCACAUGGAGCAGGUGAUAGGUGAUGGAGAAGCACUGAACAAUGCCACCAUCAGAACUCUGAAUAAGACUCAAGAGUUAAUCGGCUUUAUUGACAAAAUGCAAACGACUAUUCAAGUAUUGGUGGAAGUGGUCGAAAGCCUAAAUGAGACGAGCAUUGAUACACAGCUCUCUGACAAUUUGCAAUUAAAUUAUGAGGAUGAUGUCUCCUUAAUGCUCAGUUCUAUGAGGUCGAAAUAUUUUAAUGAUCAAAGUCAAGAUGCUACCAAAACCCUCAAAGUAUCAGAAGGCUAUCUACACAGAGUUGAGAAAGAAUAUGAGAAGCCACACCAAGAUUUAACAAAGUUAAAAAAUAGUCUUGAAAAUGCCCUCGCACAACGUAACAACAAACUACUGGCAGCGGAGGAUUUGCUGUAUGUGGCAUCUGCAAACACCAACAACACCAACGAUCUGCUGGUCAUUAUACAAAGAAAUCUGGCUGAUUUGAGGACAAAAAAACACGACCUUCAGGAAAAUAAGAACCGUUCUGUGUUGUUGAUUGAGGAAGGUCUUGGGCUGGUGGAUGAUGCAGUUUUGCUUGCAGAGGACACCAUUAAUGCUACAUCUGUUUUGGAGACCCACCAAGAGGAGCUUCUUCUUUGGAAUUCUAAACUGAGACACCAUGUAGAUCGUCUGGUAAUGCAGAUGGCCAAAAGAGACGCACUUGACAUGGUCUAUAAGGCAGAAGAUUAUGCAGCUGAACUACACAAACUUUCUGCUUCUCUAAAUAGUUCUCUUUUAGAUGUAAGGAAUGCCUCUUUGAAUGCCACCAGUGCGAUCCAUUCUCACACAGAUAUCAAAAAUAUGAUUGAGCAAUCAGAGGUUCUUGCAGAACAGUGUAACCACACAGUUACAGGAGUCCUGGCAAUGGUUUCAGGGGCAAAUGGAUCUUUACAAGUUGCACCAAAAAAUUCUAUGAAGUUCAGCACACAACUUCUGAAUGAGGCCAAAAAUUUAAGUCUUAGCACGGAAGGUCUUGUGUCUGAUUUGAACGAUCUGAAAACAAAAGCAGAUACAAUACAAAAACGCACUCAUGCAUUUACACGUCAAAUAAGUGAACAGCUGCUGGCUCUGAGAAAUUUACCAAAUGAUACCAGUGAGAAACUACAAGAUGCUAAAGAGCUUGCCUUGUCUGCCAAUGUCAGUGCAGCUGGCACUUUAAACCAUAUCACGAACUUCAACCAAAAGGUGUUAACUGCGUCCUCUGCGCUGUCCAAAGUCAAUGACACGCUGCGGAAAACCAACGAGCUUCUAGCGGACUCAUCCAAGACGACGGUAACAGCGGAAAGCAGAAUUAAAGAAGUGGAAACACAGGCCAACAUUUUAUUGGAUAGACUGAAACCCUUGAAAUUGCUUGAGGAAAACCUAAGCAGAAAUCUAUCUGAAAUUAAAGAGCUUAUUAGUCAGGCCCGUAAACAGGCCGCAUCGAUUAAAGUGGCUGUUUCAGCCGACAGAGAUUGUGUACGCUCUUACCACCCAGAGCUCUAUUCUACACAUUUCAGCACUCUAACUCUUAAUGUUAAGACCGGCGAGCCGGACAACCUGCUUUUCUACCUGGGCAUCAGCACGAAAGCUGACUUCAUGGCGGUAGAAAUGCUGAAAGGCAAGGUUUCCUUCCUUUGGGACCUGGGCGCAGGAUCUGUAAGGCUCGAAGAACCUGAUAUCCAGAUAAACAAUAACAAGUGGCAUAAAAUACACGCAACAAGGUUUGGUAAAUCAGGUUCAUUGACUGUGGAAGAAAUUGGCACUUCUCAGAAGCCCACAGCCAAAAUGUCAUCUUCACCUGGUACAUCAUCCAUACUCCACAUCGAUAACUCAACAUUGAUGUUUGUUGGGGGAAUAGGAGGACAAUUACAGAAAUCAACAGCAGUCAAGACCACAGAUUUUAAAGGUUGCAUGGGCGAGGCGUUCCUUAAUGGGCACUCCAUUGGUUUAUGGAACUAUGUUGAGAGAGAGGGCAAAUGUGGUGGAUGCUAUGGAAGCCCACGAGAAGAAGAAACUGCUUUCCAUUUUGACGGCAGUGGAUAUUCUAUUGUAGAGAAGACGCUUCGUUCCACUUCAUCUCAGAUAGUUAUCCAUUUCCGAACAUUCGCUCCAAAUGGCCUUCUUUUGUAUCUUGCUUCCAAUGGAACACGAGAUUAUUUAUCUAUGGAAAUGGUGGACGGUAAACUGAGAGUAUCUGUCGAAUUGGGAUCAGGACCUCUGAUACUGAUGACAGAUGGACGCUAUAAUGAUGGAGCAUGGCAUAAAGUAGCCUUCCAGCGCAACAGGAAGCAAGGUAUACUGGCUGUGAUGGAUUCCUACAACUCAACCCAGAGAGAAACCAAGCAAGGAGAAGCUCCAGGCGUUGCUUCAGACCUUAACCGGUCAGAUAAGGAUCCUAUUUAUAUUGGUGGACUUCCCAGAUCCAGGAGUGUUAGAAAACAGCUUAGCAGCAGGUCAUAUGUGGGCUGUAUAAAGAACUUGGAGAUUUCCCGCUCAAAUUUUGACUUGCUAAGAAAUGCCUAUGGUGUAAGAAAAGGCUGUAAACUGGAGCCAACUCGUAGCAUUACCGUUUUAAAAGAUGGCUACGUGGAAAUGCAGCCAGUAUCAUUGGCAGCAGAAUCAGAGCUAAUGGUAUCGUUCUCCACACUCAAUGAAUCUGGAAUUAUCGUGGCUGGAUUUGGCAAGGGAGCGGAAAAACUCAGUCACAGGCAAGCUCUCUUGCCAUUCUUUGCUAUAAUGCUGGUGAAUGGACAUAUUGAAUUCCAUAUCAACCCUGUGGAUGGUGCCAGCACAAGAAAGGUCAUCAUCAAAUCUCCUACUGGAACCUUUAGUGAUGGACAAGAACACUCUAUUAUUGUCAUCCGGAACAAGAGACUUGUGAAUGUACAAGUGGAUGAAGGAAAACCUUCCGAGGUGAAGAUGAACGGACCAUCUGUCGAUUCCAUCUCUAUAAAUGCUUCCAAUUUUUAUGUCGGUGGCGUCCCUGGUAAAAUGGGUACAGCCCCCCUCAAAACAAGCCAGUCUUUCUACGGAUGUAUACGCAAUCUGGUUGUAAAUAUGGAGCAGAUGGAUUUCACCAAUGUCCUGAAAUAUGAGGGGGUUCAUAUGGAUAGCUGCAUGCUGUCAGAGAAGCCUAAAUCCAUUGCCCAGCUGGAAGUGGAAGUUCUGCCGACUGCAACGCCUGCUCAGCCUGUCACAGAGAGAAAAUUAACUACCCCCAUACAGAAAUCAUUUGUAACUAAGCCAUUGCAGUGUGCACUGGAGAUGAAGCCGGACCAUGUGCCAGAUGCUCACCAGUUUGGCCUCACUCAGGGAAGCCACAUUGUACUGCCUUUUGACCAAUCAGCUGUCAGAAGAAAACUCUCUGUACAGAUAACUCUCAGGACAUAUGCCACCAGUGGUCUUAUUUACUAUAUGGCUCACCAGAACCAGAUGUAUUACGCUGCACUUCAACUUCAUGAAGGGAAACUUUAUUUCUUAUUUGAUAUGGGAAAAGGACGGACUCAGGCUUUCCAUACGGCUGUUAUUAAUGAUGGAAAGUGGCACUCAGUAAUAACAGAAUAUUAUAAAAGAAAAGGUACGAUUACUAUUGAUGGUCAGGAAUCAGCAUCAGUUAGUGCUCCAGGGGACAGCAAUACUUUGGAUGUGGAAGGGAAGCUUUAUCUUGGUGGGCUUCCACUAGACUAUACAGCGAAGAGCAUUGGGAAUAUCACACACAGUGUCCCAGCAUGCAUUGGCAAAGUUGCCAUUAAUAACAAACAACUGGAUAAGGAGAGCGCUAUCUCCAUACACGCAGUAAAUAAGUGCUACUGCUACUUUAAAGAGGGGUACAAAGUCCGCUCAGACGUAAACGUGUCUCUCGAGUUCCGCACUACACAGAUGAACGGUGUUCUUCUUGGAAUUAGCAGCGCUAAAGUUGAUGCCAUUGGCCUGGAAAUCAUACAUGGCAAGGUUUUGUUCCAUGUUAAUAAUGGUGCCGGCAGAAUAACAGCAGUGUACAAGCCAGAGAGCCCCAGCUCUUUAUGUGAUGGCAAGUGGCAUAAGCUUCAGGCCAGUAAAAUUAAACAUCGCAUUGUCCUUACGGUGGAUGGAAAUGUUGUGAAUGCAGAGAGCCCACAUGUCCAGUCAACCUCUGCAGACACUAACAAUCCGAUUUAUGUUGGAGGCUAUCCGGCUGAUGUGAAGCAAAACUGCUUGACCAGCCAGACCUCAUUCCACGGAUGCAUACGCAACAUGAAACUGGUGAAGGGCACGCAGACCGAAGCCAGUGAUUUCAGCAAAGCCUUUGAAAUGCGCGGAGUCUUUCCUCAUUCCUGUCCUGGAACAGAACAAUAAACAGGAGACAUAUCUCCUACAUAUACAUUCAUCGAACAAGAUGUUAU